UCGGACCGGCCACUUCCCCGCGGGCCAUGGAGCGGCUGACGUUACCUGCCGGGGGCGCGGCGGCCGUGGACGAGUACCUGGAGUACCGGAGAAUUGUUGGUGACGAUGAUGGGGGGAAACUUUUUACUCCCGAAGAAUAUGAAGAAUAUAAAAGAAAAGUUUUACCUCUGCGUUUACAGAACAGGUUAUACGUGAGCUGGCGAUCACCAACUGGAAUGGAUUGUAAGCUUGUGGGCCCAGAGACACUGUGCUUUUGUACACAUAGGUACAAACAACACAAAACUGACUUUGAAACGAUUCCACAGCAGCGCCCCAUCAGUCUGCCAUGCCGAGUGCCCGGCUGCAAGUGCCAGGCCUACCGCUAUGUCCCGCUGAACGGCACGCAACCCAUCCGCUGCAGGUGCAAGCACUUUGCGGACCAGCAUAGCGCUGCGCCUGCCUCUGUCUGCCACGCUUGUUCCAAGUGUUCAGGAUUUCACAGUUGCUUCACAUGUGGUUGUGGUCAGCCUGCUUAUGCUCAUGACACAGUAGUGGAAACUAAGCAAGAAAGACUGGCCCAGGGCAAACCAGUGGGGCAGGAUGUUCCUUAUGCAGCAAUGGGAGGAUUAACUGGCUUCAGCUCAUUGGCAGAAGGUUACAUGCGAUUGGAUGACAGUGGAGUUGGUGUCCCUUCAAUUGAAUUUUUAGAUUCUCCAGCUACAUCCACGGAUCAUCCAUUUCUAAAAGCAUUUCAAGCACCCUCUAGUUCUCAAGAAACACAAAAAGCAGGUACAAGUAAUCAAGUUUCUUCCUUAAGGAGAUCUGAAGAGGAUGAUAUGGCUUUCUUUGAAAGAAGAUACCAGGAAAGGAUAAAAAUGGAAAAGGCUGCUAAGCAGAAAGGAAAAGCACCAUUACCAUCAUCUUCGAAAGCUUCCUAAAGACUGUUGGGGAAAUUGAAACCACCAUCCAAAUAUGUCUGUCUCCUUUUAAUUUAAAUGUAAUGGUUUACUUUUUCUUAAACUAUUUCUUUUAUAGUAUAAAAUAAUUAUUUUUGAUAUUUAAGAAAAGGGCACUUGUUUAGUUUUUUGUCAAAAGUAAUAUUUUCUACAUUGUAUGUAAUCAUCUUUCCUAACAAAUGAGGACAUUUUCUUGAAAGAAAAUUAAAAAAGUAGAUGUUUAGUUGAUCAUAUUAAACUUUUACAGACUAAUUUAAAAAGUU